UCUCAAAGCCGCUUGCAGCCUGCGAAGUCUUGAGUUUUUUUUUUUUUUUUUUCAUGUCAAAUGUCGUCGCUUUGUUGCUCUGGACUCGCACUGCAAUGGAGGCACGAGAGCGUCCGCUUCUUUCUUUUUCUUCGCUCCAACACAAGGACCAGUUACAGUCGCAGCAGUAUUACGUUCGUGCCCAGAGUCACUUCAUCUUCAACCAACGACGACGCCGUCUCAGCCCCCAAGCCACCGCAGCUGGGUUAUGAUCCUUCCGAAGACUUAUUCGGGCUCGAGGCCAAUUCAAAGCCGAGGAAUGUUAGUUUGGGUGCGCGCAAACCAAGGUCGUGGUUUGGUCCAAACGGGCAGUAUAUCAGGGAGCUGCCUUGUCCGAGUUGCCGGGGGAGGGGAUAUACUCCUUGUUCAGAGUGCGGUAUAGAAAGGUCCAGAUCAGAUUGUUCACAGUGUGUUGGGAAGGGCAUAAUGACUUGUCGUCAGUGUUCAGGAGACUGUGUCAUAUGGGAAGAGUCGAUUGAUGAACGACCAUGGGAGAAUGCUCGCUCAGUUUCUCCGCUCAGAGUGAAGGAAGAUGAUGAAGUUGACAAUUUAGACAUAAAGCUAGUGAAGAGAAAAUCGAAGCGAGUGUACCAAUCACCACCACCUGAAGUUGGACUGAAGAUCAGCCGGUCUCUAAAAAGUCUGAAUGCCAAAACCGGUCUAUUUAGUAAGAGAAUGAAGAUCAUCCAUCGCGAUCCUAUGCUUCAUGCUCAAAGAGUGGCUGCAAUUAAGAAAGCCAAAGGAACUGCUGCAGCAAGAAAGCAUACGUCGGAAGCUUUAAAAGCUUUCUUUAGUGACCCUGAAAACCGUCGCAAAAGGAGCAUUUCAAUGACGGGAAUAAAAUUUUACUGCCGAAACUGCGGACGCGAGGGGCAUAGAAGACACUACUGUCCAGAAUUAAACGGUGGUUUGAUAAAUAGACAGUUCACCUGUGGCGUUUGCGGCAAAAAGGGCCAUAACAGAAGAACCUGUCCAAAGUCGAGGUUGAUGAGCAGUCACAAAAGCGGGGUUAGAAGACAUCACCACUGCAAGAUAUGUGGUCAAAGAGGCCAUAAUCGCAGGACAUGCCCCAAACUUAUUGGGGUGAAGGUCAAGCUUGGCAGCAGAAGAACAUACAAGUGCAGGAUGUGCCAAGAGAAUGGGCAUAAUAGUAGGACAUGUCCUAAUAGAUUUGUAUCUUCCUGAAAACAUUGUUCGCCAAUCAGAAGAAAUUA